AUGGAAAAGGGAAAUGAUACAGUUGUGACAGAGUUUUUUCUGGUGGGGCUUUCUAAUUACCCAGCCCUCCAGAUGCUCCUUUAUGUGCUCUGCCUGUUGAUGUACUUGGUGAUUCUACUGGGAAACAGUGUCCUCAUUAUCAUCAGCAUCCUGGAUCCCUGCCUCCACAACCCAAUGUAUUUUUUUCUUGGAAACCUUUCCUUUCUGGACAUCUGCUAUACAUCCUCCUCUAUCCCCAAAAUGCUGAUAAAUUUUAUGUCUGAGAGAAAAUCCAUCUCCUUCAUUGGAUGUGCCCUUCAGAUGGUUAUUUCUCUUGGGUUGGGUUGCACAGAAUGCAUUCUCCUUUCAGUAAUGGCCUUCGACAGGUAUGUAGCCAUCUGCAAUCCCCUUAGGUAUACCAUCAUCAUGAACAAGGGCCUCUGUGUGCAGAUGGCUGCUUGGACAUGGACUAUAGGGCUUCUGAAUUCUUUCGCACAUACUAUGCUUGCUAUGAUGAUGCCUUUCUGUGGAAACAUAAUUGAUCAUCUUACGUGUGAAAUUCUUGCUCUUCUCAAGCUGAUCUGUGGAGACGUAUCCCUCAAUGUAUUUAUCAUUAUGGUGGGAAGUAUAUUUUUCUUAAUCAUGCCUUUGAUACUCAUUUUCUUCUCUUAUAUCUUCAUUCUCUCCACCAUCCUAAGGAUCAAUUCUAGAGAAGGAAGGAGGAAAGCCUUUUCCACUUGUUCAGCCCACCUGACAGUGGUAAUCUUGUUCUAUGGCUCUGCUCUUUUUAUGUACAUGAAGCCCCAGACCAAGGACACUAAGCUUUUUGAUGAACUCUUUGGAUUAUCUUACUGGGUUAUCACCCCAAUGCUGAACCCCAUUAUCUACAGCCUAAGGAACAAGGAGGUAAAAGAGGGUGUGAAGAAAGUGUUCAUCAGAAAUCUGUACUUAAGGACAAUGUGA